AUGACAACCCAGCGGUCGACUUGGAUCCUGAAGGUGCAGUGUCAGGAAGAUCAACACUUUGUUCCAGAUGAGGAGAGAAGGAAGCACUGGGCUGAGCUGUUUGAACAGCUGGACCUCAACAAAGAUGGACGCAUUGACAUGCUGGAGCUGCAGGCGGGGCUGGCACACAAAGGGCUCUCCAACGGCUGCCUGCAGAAGAUUGUAGAGACCGGGGACACCAACCAAGACGGAGUCCUGGACUUUGAGGAGUUCGUCGAGUAUCUUCACAACCACGAGAAGCAACUUCAAGUCAUGUUUCACCAUGUGGACAGAAACAAAGACGGUUGGAUUGAUGUGGAAGAGAUUCAGGACUGUCUUCACACCAUCGGUGUGAAUGUUAGCCCUGAAGAUGCCACCAGGAUUCUGCUAAGUAUGGACAAGGAUGGCACCAUGACGAUUAACUGGAGUGAGUGGCGCGACUACUUCCUGUUCAAACACCUGAACGACAUGGAGGAUGUGGCUCGGUUCUGGAAGCGUUCAAUGAUAUUGGACACAGGCGAGCAGCUGACAGUCCCAGAGGAGUUUUCAGAAGCGCAGAAGAAGUCUGGCUAUAUGUGGCGGCAGCUGAUGGCGGGAGUCAUGGCUGGAUCUGUGUCCCGAACCGGAACCGCUCCACUGGACCGCCUCAAAGUCUUCAGACAAGUACAUGGCUCCUCUGAAUUUAGAGGCAGCGCUCUGAGCGGGUUUAAGUACAUGCUGAACGAGGGAGGACCAUGGUCUCUGUGGAGAGGCAACGGAGUCAAUGUCCUGAAAAUUGCCCCUGAGACUGCCAUCAAAUUCUCCACUUAUGAACAGAUCAAGAGUGUGAUGCGCGGUCAUGAUGAAACAAGAACUCUGAGGGUUCAUGAGAGGUUUGUCGCCGGCUCUUUGGCUGGAGCAACAGCUCAAACAGUCAUUUACCCGAUGGAGGUGCUGAAGACGCGGCUCAGUCUCAGAAAAACGGGUCAGUUCAAAGGAAUAGCAGACUGCGCCAAACAGAUCCUGCAGCGGGAAGGCGCUGCGGCCUUCUACAAGGGCUACGUCCCCAACAUGCUGAGCAUCGUCCCUUAUGCUGGUAUUGACCUGGCCGUGUAUGAGACGCUCAAACUUGCAUGGCUGAACCGGAACACGGGCUUGUCUGACCCGGGCGUGAUGGUGUUGUUGGGAUGCGGCGCAGUCUCCAGUACAUGCGGGAUGCUUGCGAGUUACCCGCUGGCGCUGAUCCGCACACGCAUGCAAGCACAAGCUUCAGUGAAAGGAUCCCCUAAACUUUCAAUGCUGUCCUUGCUCCGCAACAUUGUUACGCAAGAGGGCAUCGCCGGACUUUACCGAGGAAUCUCCCCCAACCUGCUAAAGAUCGUCCCGGCCGUGAGCGUGUCCUACGUCGUCUAUGAGUACAUGAGAAUAAUGCUAGGAAUGGACUUCGAGGGUAGGAGGGAAGGGAAGGGGCAUGGGUAGAUAAAGGAGACGAGGUUUGCUGUGAGUUUUUAUCUGCAAGCAUGUGCAGAAAUGUCGUCAGUGCAUGAAAAAAGGGCUUUACUCGUGAAUAACUUUGAGACAACUUGACUUGCUUUUAUGACGCCUUGAAGAAAAAAAGACUACUGCAAUUCCGGACAAAAAAUUACCAGGCAGUUGGACGUUGUACUUUUAUUUAAUUUAUUUUGGUUUGACAAUAAUUUGAUGGUAAUUACCGAUCAUCAACUGGAGGAAAAAAGUACUAUAAUGAUGGUCAGGGUUAUAUAUGUCAUAGGGAUAUAACCAUCAUUAUAGUUUUAAACAAAACUUCACCCAAGCAUGAUGUCUUGCAAACAUAUUCAGACCUCUUUAAUGUUUUCACAUUUUGUCAGCUAAAACUAUUACUGACAGAUUCAGAUGUUCUUGUCAUUCAGCGUAACAUGCACUGCUGAACAAAAUUAUGACACAUGCCAGGUCACAAACAGAAACCAGCUGGACAAACUAUAAAAUAAUACAAAAAGAAUAUUUUAUUGGGAGUUAAGGUAACAGAUCAAAACAAAAAUCAUUGAGAAGUGGAAGUAAAAUGAUGGGGGAGAUGAGAGCACGUUUGCAUUCAACCUUCUUUUCCUCUGAUGCCCCUAAAUAAAAUUCAAUGCAACUACAUGCCUAUAGGAGGAACUUAGUUUACAAUUCUGCACUAUUUUGUGUUGCUCUAUGCCAUAAGUCCAAAUACAAUACAAUGAGGUUUGUAGUCGUAACGUGACAAAACUGUGAAAAGGUUUAACAGGUAAAAAUAGACCUGGAAGACAGAGCUGACUGGCAUAAUAUAGCCUAUGCAGAAUUAUGGCUUCACUGUGGUCAAAUAAACAAAAGGCCUGAAACUCACCACUGGGCUUCUAAACCACUGGUGGAUGCUGAUAGAAAUGAACCCUUGAUGACAAUAACCAAACCACAUUAGUUUGGGAAACGCAAGCAGUUUGUUUUCAAAAUCAGGGUGGAAAGAUGGGGAAACAUCUAAAUGCUGUAUAAUGUAAUGAAUAAUCAGCCUCCAUCUGCACAGGCUGCUGUUAAUUUCUGGAGUGAUGUGUUGCGUUUGAAAGCUAACAGCUGUGUGGGAAGUUAACCAACAAGCAUCUCGCUGCAUCUGUUGCUGCUGCUACAGGAAUCUGCAUGGGUGCAGGCUUGCAUGAACUUGCCAGACACACAGUGACCUCUGGAAGGCAGCUCACGGUACAUUCCUUCAGCAUUGUUUUCUCUACCAGGUGGGGAAUAGAGAAGAUUGGCUGUGGGAGGAACCUGCACAGACUCAGGACAGUUACUGAUGAGUCUUAAACUAGUAUUACCUAUACCAAAGCACAAUGACAGCCUGACGGAAAGCAGGCGGUCGGUAUCGUUAUCACAUCUUUGAGUGAAAGGACAGUGGUGAGAAGAAGAAAAGACGCACACAGAACUGCCUUUAUGGACUGAAACUGGACAAAGACGCACAAAGGGUUAAAGUGACCUCACCUGUCAUAACAUUACAACAGUCUAUGCAGAAAAGUGUGGAUUGGGUGAUACCUUUCAAAGACUUGACAUGGUCCACUGGCACAGCGUGUUUCCUAAAAGGUUCAUUGUAUCUGUUUGUAAAACAAGAAGUUAUAUUUAAUGUUUUAAAAAAACAUGCAUGCAAACAAACUGCAUGCACUGCGCUGCUUUUGUGGACAAAUUCCACAAAUUGUUUUAAUGUAAAAUUAAAAGAAUUAUAUUAAACCUUUGUACAUUUUUGACAAAAUGUCAACUGAAUAAAAAGACAGAAUUAAUAUUGGAUCUGUUCCUCUA